CCACUAUGAGCGGAUUAUACGGCAAAAGAAUAGCAAAUGAACUGAACUUGGACAUUGUUUAGUUUGGAAAAUUUUAAAAGUCAUAGACAUGUAUAAUGUGUUGUCUCAUGCUUCUAUACUUCCAUUUUCUAUUUUUCUUUUUGUUCUAGUUUUAUAGUAGUUUCCAUCACAGCCUCUACUUGUGAAAUAGGUAUAAGGACCUUCACAGAGGAUUCAAAACAGUAGGUUUCCAAUGGCUUUGAUGACCACCAGAAACACCUCUUCCUCAUCAUCUUUUCCUUCUCUUUCCUCAAACCCACAAUGGAGUGAAUGGACAUAUGAUGUUUUCUUAAGUUUCAGAGGUGAGGAUACCCGCAAAGGUUUUACAGAUCAUCUAUACGUUGCUUUGGAACGAGAGGGAAUUUUCACCUUCAGGGAUGAUGAAGAACUUGAGAGAGGAAAACCGAUUUCAGCAAAACUCUUGCAAGCAAUACAAGAAUCAAGGAUAGCCGUUGUUGUUUUCUCCAGAAACUAUGCUUCUUCCAGGUGGUGCUUGGAUGAGCUUGUUAAGAUUGUUGAGUGCAUGAAAGAGAUUGGACAGACAGUGCUUCCAGUUUUCUAUGAUGUAGAUCCAUCAGAGGUACGGAAUCAGACAGAAGCAUUUGGAAAAGCAUUUGCUGAUCAUGAAAAAAGGUUCAAGAAUAACUUGGAGAAGGUGGAAAGGUGGAGAGCUGCUUUAACUGAAGUGGCCAAUCUCUCUGGAUUUCCUUUACAAAACAGAUAUGAGUCGGAAUUCAUCCAAGGAAUUGUUAUGAAGAUAAGAAGUGAUUUGGACGGUACCCUCUCAAUUGUUUCUAAAGACCUUGUAGGAAUUGGCCUCCGUGUAGAAGAAAUGAUGGAAUUAUGUUUAGGUAUUGAAGAGAACGAUGUUGGCUUUAUAGGAAUAUGGGGGAUGGGUGGGAUUGGUAAGACCACUCUUGCAAGAGCUUUUUAUGAAAAGGUCCACAAUCAAUUUCAAGCUUCAAGCUAUCUUAACAAUGUUAGAGAGGUUUCAACUAAAAGUGACGGUCUAGUUUCUUUACAAAAAAAACUCCUUUUUGAUGUCCAGAUGAAAAGUAUUACAAGCAAAGGGGAUGUUCACAUGGGAAUUAGUAAGAUACAGCGAAGACUGUGUCAUAAAAAGGUUCUCAUCAUUCUUGAUGAUGUUGAUAAAUUAGAACAAUUGCAAGCAUUAGCAGGAAGCAAGAAUUGGUUUGGUCGAGGAAGUAGGAUCAUUAUAACAACAAGAGAUGAACAAUUGUUGAUCGCUCAUGGAGUGGAGAAAAGAUACAAGGCCAGAGAAUUAAAAAAUGAUGAAGCCCUUGAGCUUUUUAGUUGGAAAGCCUUCAAGGAUAACCACCCCCCAAAAGAUUAUAUGGAGGUGUCCCAAGACUUUGUAAAUUAUGCUAAAGGCCUUCCUUUAGCAAUUGAAGUUGUUGGACCCUUUUUGAGCGGUAAAAGCAUAAUUGAAUGGAAAAGUUCCUUGAGCAGGCUAAAAGGAAAUCUUGACAAAGAAAUUAUGCGUGUACUUCUAAUGGGCUUUGAUGGAUUGCAUGAGAAAGAGCAACAAAUAUUUUUAGAUAUUGCAUGUUUCUUCAAAGGGGAGGACAGAGAUCGUGUGACAAAGAUAUUAGAGAGUUUUGGUUUCGACCCAAUCAGUAGUAUAGGUGUUCUCAUUCGUAAAUCUCUUAUCACAGUAAUAGGGAGAACAUUGUGGAUGCAUGAUUUGCUUCAGGGAAUGGGUUGGGAAAUUGUUCGUCAGGAAUGUACCAAAGAGCCUGGGAAGCGCAGUAGAUUGUGGCAUUAUGAUGAUGUACUUGAUGUUAUGCAGUAUGAUAAGGGAACAGAUGCAGUUGAAGGGAUAGUCCUAAAUGUUUCUCCGGAAGAAAAGGUACAAUUGAACGAUGAAGCCUUCUCGAUGAUGAAAAAGCUGAGAUUUCUUAAAAUUUCAAAUGUGCUUCUUCCUCAUGGGCUCAAAUAUCUAUCUACUGAGUUACAAUAUAUUGAAUGGCAUGGAUAUCCCUCAAAGCUUUUGCCACAAAAUUUCCCCUCUAGUAAGCUUGCUGAACUCAACAUGUAUUGCAGCCAAAUUACACAUCUCUGGAAGGGAAUCAAGGUUUUAAACAAGUUGAAGUCUAUUGAUCUCAGUGACUCUGAAAGCUUGAUUGAGACCCCAAAUUUUACCGGGGUCCCAAAUCUUGAGAUCUUGAUUUUUACAGGUUGCAAAAAGUUAUCUAAGGUUCACCCAUCCAUUGUUACUCUCAGACGACUUACUUUGUUAAAUAUGAAAAAUUGUAAGAGUCUGAAGAGCAUUUCACACAACAUUAGCUUGGAAUCUCUUGAAACUUUAAUUCUCUCUGGCUGUGCACAACUCAAGAGAUUUCCAGAUAUUGUAGGUGAUAUGGAAUGCUUGUCAAAGCUUUAUUUAGAUGGGACUGCUAUAACAGAGCUGCCAUUGUCAAUUAAUUGUCUAGCUGGACUUACUGUGUUGGAUCUAAGCGAUUGCAAAAAUCUGUUGAGACUUCCAAAUGCCAUUUGUAGUUUGACAUGGCUUAAAAAGUUCACUCUAUCAGGCUGCUCAAAACUUCGUAAUAUUCCUGAUAGUCUUGUGGGUCUGGAAAGUCUUGAAGAACUUGAUGUCUAUGUUAUUUAACUGAUCUAGACUUAAGUCACUGCAACUUAUUUGAUGGAGCAAUCCCUGAUGAUCUGGACCGCCUAUCUUCAUUGAGAAAUAUGUUUUUGAGGGGAAACAAUUUUACAAGCAUGCCUAAAUCCAUCUGUCGGCUUAAUAAGCUUAUAUAUCUGUCCGUGAGAGAUUGUAGCAAAUUGCAGGCACUGCCAGAGCUCCCAACAAGCAUAAAAUUUGUUUGGGCAGAAGGUUGCACCUCAUUGAGAAGUGAUUCUGAUCAAUAUGAAGUUUGGCCUUCAAGUGAAGAAGGACAACUUCGUAUUAUUAAGCGCUCAAUAUCGCCUGCAACUUUUAUUCAAAUGUUUGAUUUACAAUUUGUAUCAUGGCUCCAAAGAUAUCAUGAGUUAGAAGGAAGAGCACCGUUGAAGAUGGCACAUGGUUUUUCAUCAACUAGCAUUAUUCCAGAGUGGUUUAAUAUUCAAAGCAGCAGCUCUUCUAUAACAGUCCAACUUCCUGCCCAGAUAGAUGAUAAAAGCAAGCCGUGGAUUGGAUACACCAUGUAUGUUAGUUUUCUAAUCCAUGAAAGUUUUGAUACUAGUUGUGGCCUCAAAGUUAAGCACGAGUUUGAUUGUUAUUUGCAUACCAAUGAAGGUCCUCUUCGUAAACAAACGUUAUACCAUGAACUAAACGUUAAGAACGU